AUGAGAUCAAACCGCAACCGUCUUUCGGCGGCGAUUCCUCUUCCGUCCACUGCUUCAACCGAAUCCGACUACGCCUUCACCUUAACCAGAAUAGCAGUGGCGCAGAUCUGCGAUUCAAUCGGAUUCACGGCGGCGGAAGCUCCCGCUCUCCGAACCCUAACCGACGUCGCGGCCAGGUACUUGAGAUCAAUCGCUAAGUCCGCUGCCGACACAGCAAACUCCGCAGGCCGCACGCAGUCACAACUCGUCGAUACCGUCGCCGCCGUGGACGAGCUGAGCUCCGUCAUUGGAUUCGCCGAAGCGUGGAGAGCUACUGGAAGUUUACUGAACUCCGGCGCAGUGAAGAAUCUCGUUAGUUUUUCUAAGUAUUCGGAGGAAAUUCCAUUUGCAAAACCGUUGCCAAGGAAAGUAUUUUCAAUAGGGAGAGGAAAAGGUUUGCGGAAUGUAGAUAGCAAUGAGUACAUUGGAGGGGAGGGGAAGCAUAUUCCGAAAUGGCUACCCAUAAUGCCGGUGAUUGAGAAGGAGGAGGAGAGGGGAGGCAAAAGAAAGGAAAUUUGGGGAUUUUGUGGUAAAAAUGAGGAAAUGGAGAGGGAAAUGAAAUUGGAGAAGAAAGAUAUGGAAUGGGAGAGGAAAGGAAUUGAAUUGCCAUUGAAGAGAGGGAAAGUGAGGUUUAAGAUUGGGAAUGGUGGGGGAGUUGUAGGGGUGUAUAGAAGGGGCGGAAUAGGGAAGAGGGUUUUAUGUGAGAGUUGGAUUUGUCAGGAACAAAAUCAAAAGAAGAGUUUGUAA